GAUGCUGGAACCAACAUGGCCGCCCCUCGGCCCCUUGGCCCCUCGGGCUCCCGCCGUCUUCGGCUGGCCGCGGGCCUCCGGCUGCUCCCGGUCCUGGGGCUGCUGCAGCUGCUGGCCGGGCACGGCCUGGGCCGCGUCCACCACCUGGCACUCAAAGAUGAUGUGAGACAUAAAGUUCACCUGAACACCUUUGGGUUCUUCAAGGAUGGGUACAUGGUGGUCAACGUCAGUAGCCUCUCCGUGCAUGAGCCUGAAGGAGCCAUGGACAAGGAUGCAGCUAUCGGAUUCAGCUUGGACCGUACAAAGAAUGAUGGCUUUUCUUCCUACCUGGAUGAAGAUGUAAACUAUUGCAUUUUAAGGAAACAGUCUGUCUCUGUCACCCUUCUAAUCCUAGACCUCUCCAGAAGUGAAGUAAAAAUCAAGUCUCCACCAGAAGCUGGUACCCAGUUACCAAAGAUCAUCUUCAGCAAGGAUGAGAAAGUCCCUGGCCAGAGUCAGGAGCCUGGUGUCGCUGCCGUCCCAGCUGGCAACCGCACUCAGCAGGCACUAGAUGGUGGAAAGUCUAAAAGAAGUACAGUGGAUUCAAAGGCAACAGGAGAGAAAUCCUUUUCUAUUCAUAACAAUGCUGGGGCAGUUUCAUUUCAGUUUUUUUUUAACAUCAGCACUGAUGACCAGGAAGGCCUUUAUAGUCUUUAUUUUCACAAGUGCCCUGGCAAAGAACAUCGGCCUAAUGACAAGUUUUCAUUCAGCCUUGAUAUUGAGAUCACAGAGAAGAAUCCUGACAGCUAUCUUUCAGCAGGAGAAAUCCCUCUCCCCAAAUUGUACAUUUCUAUGGCCUUUUUCUUCUUCCUUUCUGGGACCAUCUGGAUUCACAUCCUUCGAAAACGACGGAAUGAUGUAUUUAAAAUUCACUGGUUGAUGGCGGCCCUUCCUUUCACCAAGUCGCUUUCCUUGGUGUUCCACGCAAUCGACUACCACUACAUCUCCUCCCAGGGAUUCCCGAUUGAGGGCUGGGCUGUUGUAUACUACAUAACUCAUCUGUUGAAGGGCGCGCUCCUGUUCAUCACCAUUGCGCUCAUCGGCACCGGCUGGGCUUUCAUUAAGCACAUCCUCUCCGAUAAAGACAAGAAGAUUUUCAUGAUUGUCAUCCCACUCCAGGUCCUGGCAAACGUGGCCUACAUCAUCAUAGAGUCCACAGAGGAGGGCACGACCGAGUAUGGCUUGUGGAAGGACUCUCUGUUCCUGGUGGACCUGCUAUGCUGUGGCGCCAUCCUCUUCCCAGUGGUGUGGUCAAUCAGACAUUUACAAGAAGCCUCAGCCACAGAUGGAAAAGCUGCCAUUAACUUAGCAAAGCUGAAGCUUUUCAGACAUUACUACGUCUUGAUUGUGUGUUACAUAUACUUCACCAGGAUCAUUGCAUUUCUCCUUAAACUUGCUGUUCCAUUCCAGUGGAAGUGGCUCUACCAGCUCCUGGAUGAAAUGGCCACAUUGGUGUUCUUCGUUCUGACGGGGUAUAAGUUCCGUCCGGCUUCAGAUAACCCCUACCUACAGCUGUCUCAGGAGGAAGACGACUUGGAAAUGGAAUCUGUAGUGACGACAUCAGGGGUGAUGGAAAACAUGAAGAAAGUCAAGAAGGUGACCAACGGCGCUGCAGAGCCCCCAGGUGACUGGGAAGGCACCGCGUGAGCGCCAACCGGGAGGAUGGCGCUGUCAGAGAACACUGCAGCUUACCCCGUAGUCCUCUUGGUGAGCAAGAGCAGUUCCGACAGUCCACCGCCGGCCUCCGACAGCGACACCGCAGAGCUUGGGGCAGGGUGAAGUGCCAUGGACACCUACUUUGUACUCUUUGAGGGAAACUGGAUCUGCAGCUGGUGCCAGGCAGCUGGGACUGUCCUCAGGGGGGAGGGAGGUCGGAGUGAGGAGGAGGAGAGGAGCCUGCCUGUCACUGAAACAUUCCUAAUGGGCCCACAGGCCCACACAGUGGUGGCCCUGAGCGCUGCAGUGGCUGGCCUCUGCGGCUGUCUGCUGCCUUCACAGCACUCCAUGCUGCUCUGGGGAAUGGCCACAGGUCUCCAAAGAUGUCCAAAAGGGACCGGGAGGGUGUCCUUACAUCUUUGGGAGGUGAGAAUGCAUCGGAACCAUCCUAGGAGGUGAGGCCAAGCCCCACUGGUGCCCAGCAGCUGCCCAGGUCCUAGCCCAAAUGGCGCCUUGACCUCUGCUCCAGACCCUGGCAGUGACCGGCACUGAGGGCACAGGAGGCCUGUUGCCUGUGUGCCAUUCUGUCACUGUCAGGGUCCCAGCCCCAGGACACAACCCCGCUGGAGGGACAUGGGCUUCCUGAGGGCAGGAUGGAACUGUCUUUAAGCUCAGAAGUGUCCCCGGGUCUCCCUGGGGCCCCUCCUGCGCAGAGCAACAGCCCUCCUGUCUUCUUCCCCUCUUGAGGCUUUACUUUUUUUUAUUUUUAAAAUAUGAUCAGAAUUUAGAAGAAAACAGGGACAAAUUUUCCUUAAGAACAGCUGGGGCAGAAAUUGUGCAUUUCAGCGAGUGCCUCGUGGCACGUCCUCCUUGUUACAGCCUCGCUGUGGGCCAGCAGGGCUUCCAGGUGGUUCAGCACAGUCACCCCGGGCUCCAGGAGCCUCGGUGGAGGCAGCGCAUCAGCUGACCAGCCGCAGGUGGCAGGGUCCCUCCCUGCUCAGAGAGUCUCUCCAAGCUGCAGGGUGUGGGAGGAGCCCUGGUGGCUCUCGGGAGGAGUAGAGUGACUGGAGAGGAGUCCUUCAAAUGGUGGGACACACUCAGGCGGUCCCUUGUGAUGGAGGGCUUCACAGUGACCAAAUACGCCCCAUCAGGAAAGCUUUGUGAUGCUUGGUGGCCUAGCUGGGUAGGGUCACUUCCAGAAGCUCCAGCCAGACCCUGCCUCGACUUGUGGGAGAGCUGCCUGCAAGGGACAGGUCUUCCUGGCUCGGAAGGGCCAGUCAGGAACCAUGGGGCCUGUGGCUCCCUCACUGUUAGUUUUGGGAGCCUGAAAAGUGCUCAGAAAAUGGUGAUCCUCUCUGUCCCUGCCACUUGGGCUCCGGGGAAGCAGCAACCUUCCUGCGCACUUUCCUUAGCCGUCCACACCCUCCGGCCCACUGGCUGUUGCCGAGGAGGCACAGGCCUUUGCCCAGCAGUGGCACUGCUCCCUCAGGCAGGUGUGUAGGGGAGUGUGAGUAUCUUCCUGUCCUCAAGAGAAGGAAAAACAGGCCGUGAGGAUUUACUUGGGGACCUUUCCUUUUUCCUCUUUCUCCCCAAGUUAAUUGGGGCUGUGGGCCGGGAGCGGAGUUGGAGGGAGGAAGGGAGUAGUUCAUCACUUGGUUUCCCUGUGCAUAAACAUGAUACCAGCGCUGCAGGCAUGUGUCUCCUUCUGUGACCGCUGAAACUCCCGUCUGUACCUCUCCCGGGGGACACAUCUGCCGUUCCCCCAGCAGCAGAUGUGAAUGAGGCCCAGCCGCCUUCGCAGGAACAGAAGGUGUGGCGAGACCUCUCCGCUAGGAGGGUCUGGUGCUGCCGUCCUCUGGCUUUUUAAGGCCAGGAAUCAAGUGGGGUGGCAGAGGGAGGGCUUGUGGACCCGAGUCUCGGGGUCAGACUGAGCUGCUGCGGUCUGGCAGGCUGACCCUCCUGGAGCAAACCUGUGCACAUGACACCAGGUGGGUCCCAGGUGCAGGUGGCCAUGGGUGGUUUCCUGCCCAUGUUCUGGAUAGCCACUGAAGGCUUGAAGUCAGUCUGGCGAUGAAGAACCAACCCCCAGCCCAGGACUGGCAAAGCAGGCUCGGCCCAGACCGGAAACACCAUCGACGCUCUCCAUCUCGGUCUGUAAUUCACUGUCUCUUUCUCCACCACUUAAUAGCAGGCCCCAGGGUCCAUCUCUGCCCUUGAACAAAGAGGACUGAUCAGGAUCCAAAGCUGGGGAGUUGCCCCCGCUGACAAGCCACCUCCUGCAGCCUGACCUUCCUGGCCCACCAGGCUCACCGUAGUGUUUGCACAGGAAGCCCUUGCAGUAUUCAGGCACUGGGCAGAGAAGAUGGGGUGCCCAUGGCAGAGCCGUAGGUAUUUAUAGCUCUGCCUGACGCUCCCCCGCCCUGCUUCUGCCUACGCAAAAUGUCCAUGAUUCCUCUGAGAAUCUGCUGUGGGCUAGAAGUGCUGCUGGCUGCGAAAUUUAAUAAAGUGUGUAUUUUGCUAGAAAUUUA